AUGGACACAUCGUUUCGAAGCUCCAAGAUGAGCAGGCUGCCCGCACCGUCGACGCAAAUAGGGGGAGGACUCACAGAAUGGAGCGAGUCGCAGCACAAUGCACGCAUUCAGUCAACAAUGACCUCUCUCGCAUCUCUGAAGAACCUCAAGCGCGAGAUUCCUCAGCCAGCAUCACAAUCCGAAGCCAAGCGCAAGCCUCUUUCCGAUCGAGCCCUCGAGUAUCCCGCAAAGCCGACGUCCCUUGCGGCUGCCCCGUCGGCCAUCCGAUCCAACAUGAAGCCCCAGAGUCUUGCGGGCAUGUCCGGGCUCAAGCAACCUUCGGCUCCCCAAUCACGACUUGGAACGUCAACAUCGAGCAACUUCGCUAAGAGCGUCGGCCCCAAUCGAUAUGCCCCCUCGAACCCCCCACGAACAGCUACUCGUCCCGGACACAUGCGAUCGAAGAGCCAAGCGCCCCGACCACGAACAGCUCACGGGCUUCGCGAGGAGGACAGAGAUUACUCGGGGCCUAGCAAUGCCUGGGAUGUCGACGGUCGAGUCGUGGACAUGGAGUCCCAGUUCAAAGAGUUGAAGGAGAUGGUCAACACCACUCUAAGCGAGCGAAAGGGGCAAGAUGAUGCGCUCGAACUUGCCAAGACUCGAGUCAAGGAGCUCGAAAACGACAGAGAGAAGCUUGACUUGAGGAAUGAGUCACUAAAGUCAGAUCUCGACAUGGCCAGAGAGGAAGGACGUCAAAUCCGACAUCAGAUGGAGAAGCAACAGUGGGAGCAGACACGACGAAUGGAAGACCAAGAACGAAAGCACCGAGAAGUAAUGGAAGACAUGGCACGACAGCACAGAUCAGCGGUUGACGAAAUGAGACGAGAACUAGACCGACUGAAGGAGUACGAGGCCAGGAACAAUGAGCAGAAAAUCGAGGGCCUCACACGACAAUACCAGCAGGAAUUGGAAAGCGAACGACAAAGAAAGGACCGCGAAAUUCAAGAGCUGCGAACUCGAAUGGGCAACGAGUACCAAGACAUGGGCAUGGCCCUGCAGAAGAGGGAGCGGGAACUCAAGGAGGCCAACUCCCAAGUCGAAAGCCUGCAAGGGGAUCUUGAGCGAGAGAGGACUCUCAAGAACAGCCUACAAGCUAACAUUGCCGAGCUCUCGGCAGCCAACACAACACUGGAGGCCAAGAUCAACUCGCUACGGUCGCACGUCGAAUUCCUCGAGUCUGAUAGCAAGGCUCAGUCUGACUCGUUUGCCAACAUGGAGGCAAGACUCCAGGAUGCCCUUCGCGCAGCUGAGGAAGCGCAGCAGAAGCUCAUCAAGGAGGAGACGGAGCGCCGAGUCCUAUUCAACAAGUACCAGGAGCUCAAGGGCAACAUCCGCGUCAUGUGUCGAGUCCGACCCCCUCUGGGUGAUGGUGAGGGCGAGCAGGCAAAGAUGUCGUUCCCUGAUGACAAGACUUCUGCCGAGAUUGUGCUGGCUGGACCUGAGGAGAAGAGCAGCUUGGGCAAUGUGACACGGAAGAACUAUCCUUUCGAGUUUGACCGAGUCUUCAUCCCCGGCACUCAGAACGAGGAGAUCUUUGGCGAGAUUUCCCAGCUUGUCCAGAGUGCCCUUGACGGCUACAACGUGUGCAUCUUCUGCUAUGGCCAAACAGGAUCUGGAAAGACCUUUACCAUGUCUUCAGCAGAUGGCAUGAUUCCUCGCGCCACGCACAUGAUUUACGACACCAUCACCAAGCUCAGGGAGAAGUCCUGGGAGUACACGAUGGAGGGCUCGUUUGUUGAAGUGUACAACGAGGAACUCAACGAUUUGUUGACCCCCAACGAGCGAUCCUCUGAAGGCCGACCGAAGAAGCUCGAGAUCCGACACGACGAGUCCCGCAAGCAGACAGUCAUCGUGAACUGCAAGUCAGUACGCCUUAACAGCCCGUCCAGCGUGGAGACUAUGCUUGCGGAGGCUCAGAACAACCGAUCAGUGGCUGCAACCAAGGCCAAUGAGCGAUCAUCGCGUUCUCACAGUGUGUUCAUUCUCAAGCUGGUUGGCGAGAACUCAGCAACAGGCGAGCGAUGCGAAGGCACACUCAACCUUGUGGAUCUUGCAGGUUCCGAGCGUCUCAAGCACUCGCAGGCCGAGGGCGACCGUAUGAAGGAGACCCAGAACAUCAACAAGAGUCUGAGCUGCCUGGGUGAUGUCAUUGAAGCUCUUGGACGAGGAUCUGGCCAUGUGCCAUACCGAAACUCGAAGUUGACCCACCUCCUGCAGUACAGCUUGGGUGGCAACAGCAAGACUCUGAUGUUUGUCAUGGUAUCACCGCUUGAGACGCACCUGAAGGAGACAUUGACAAGUCUUCGAUUCGCAACCAAGGUGCACAACACUCACAUCGGCACAGCCAAGGCAACAAAGAAGAUCAGAGACUCUUCAUAG